UGAAUUUGAAAUUUCAAUGCCCACCAAACGCCAAUCAAUUUGGCUCCCUCCCAAUCCCACACCGUGACCAUCACUCACUCCCCACUCUUCGCCAAAAGACAAACGCGUGAGAAACACUCUCCUCAGAGCGCGUGGCAGCACACCCUCUCCUCCGCAACCAAACCCUUCUCUCAACCUGCUUAUACCCACAACACAACACACACAAUACUCAAAUUUUUUCUAGAGCGAGAAAGUGAGAGGAGAGAGAAAGUAGCAGAUCCUCCAUGGCCUCCACCAAGGAACGUGAAAACUUCGUCUACGUCGCCAAGCUCGCCGAACAAGCCGAACGCUAUGAAGAAAUGGUGGAAGCAAUGAAGAAUGUGGCGAAGCUAAACGUGGAAUUGACGGUAGAGGAGCGGAACCUUCUGUCGGUUGGGUACAAGAACGUGGUGGGUGCUCGUAGGGCUUCGUGGAGGAUUCUUUCCUCGAUUGAACAGAAAGAAGAAGCUAAAGGGAACGAUGUGAGCGUGAAGAGGAUAAAGGAGUAUAGGCUGAAGGUGGAGUCUGAGUUGUCCAAUAUCUGCAGUGAUAUCAUGACUGUUAUUGAUGAAUACCUUAUUCCCUCUAGCUCAUCUGGUGAACCUAGUGUCUUUUUCUACAAAAUGAAGGGGGACUAUUACCGGUACCUCGCAGAGUUCAAGUCCGGUGAUGAGAGAAAAGAGGCUGCUGAUCAUUCCAUGAAAGCGUAUCAGUUGGCUUCCACUACUGCCGAGGCUGAGUUAGCAUCCACACAUCCCAUCCGUUUGGGCCUGGCUUUGAACUUCUCUGUCUUUUAUUAUGAAAUUUUGAACUCUCCUGAAAGGGCCUGUCACCUUGCUAAGCAGGCAUUUGAUGAAGCAAUCUCUGAGUUGGAUACUCUGAGCGAGGAGUCUUACAAAGACAGCACCCUAAUUAUGCAGCUUCUGAGGGACAAUCUCACCCUGUGGACUUCUGACAUCCCUGAAGAUGGAGCAGAGGAACAAAAGGUGGAUUCUGCCCGAGCUGCUGGAGGUGACGAUGCAUAGUGAAGCAGGUAUUGGCCAAGGAAUUUGUGGAGUGCAUACGAGAAGGCUAGUCUCUCUCUUGAUAGUUUACCAUUAGGAUGUUGUAAUAGAACAUGGAAUUGGUCUCUAGAAAAUCACCAUAAGGCUAUGUGAGCCUUUUAUUCUAUGCGUGUGCUUUCUGUUACUGGAGACUGGAGUUGAGAUUUGCAUGGUGUUUGGCUGUAAUUUAGUGAAUUUCUUCAUUUUGACUUUCUUUCUAAGAGGAUGCUACCUUGCAUUCUUUUAUCAGUUUACAUAGAUAAUAUUUAUUUCAAAUUAUGCGAAUCAUUGUUUCAAAA